UUCCUUCUCUCCAACUCCAUUUCGGCCGUCAGCGAGCCUUUAGGCCCUGGGAUCCCAGAUUUCCCCACCGCCGACCUCCAGUCUCCGCUGGUCAGGCAACUGCCGAUGUCACCCUUUCUUGGCACUCACACCCUUGGCCCAUCACCAGCUGCCGCCUUCAUGACCGCCGCCGAGACUAGACAUCCGUCGGUCUCGCAGCAUCAGGUACAACAGGCCCAACAACUCCUCGACGCUAUGAAUGUCAUGGCUACGCUAAAUCGUCUACAGCAUCAGCAUCAACAACACCAAAAUCACCAACAACAGUUCUGCCCGGGUUUUCCAUCAAAUGACGGUCUGCAGAUGCCGACAGCUGAUCAAGGCCGCCUUGAUCGGCAUAAGCGACGCUCAAUGGCCGGAGGUGAGGCGUUCGCAACUGCAGGCCUAGCAACGGUAGUCACGGAGGCUGCAAGAACGACAGGCAACGGGACAACUCCGAAUGGAGGGAUUGGUAGAGGAGGGGCUUUGGCGACCGGCAAGGCUCGCCGACAUCCCGAGGUCAGGUAA